AUGGAACACGCUCAGACCGUCCCUUUGGAAUCCAAUGGACUUGUGUUUUCAUAUUUGUUAGACCUUGACGUCGCCGAAGAACUGGCAGUCAUGUUGGCUGCUCUUAGUCAUCUCUACGAAAAAUGCAACUCACUGAGCAAUAUUGCCCUAAGUGAGAAGUAAGUGUUAGUGUUUGCUUAGGGGAGGGGUAGGUGGACACAGAAAGUCCCAGAUGCUCAUAGGGACAUCACAGUUCACUUUAACAAAGCUAGAGGUGUUUUCAGUAGACUCCGCAACAUCUGGAAGUCUAAGCAAUACAGGCUCAAAUUACAAUAACGAUGUUAAGGCUGCUCUUUUGGGUGGCUCUAUGUGCUGGAGAUCAUUACAGUGGCCUUCACAAGAUCUGCAAUAUCUACUGGCUUGACAAGGUCACCAAGGUGGAACUGUUUAAGGAGACAGACGGUAUGAAUAUGUCUCUCACAACUAAGAACCGCAGGCUUUGAUAGGUUGGUCAUGUCCUAAGGAUGCCCAGUAACACCCAAAGUGUCCUUGAGAUGGAAUCUGGGAAGACCAAAGGAGGCCGGCCAAAAACCACGUGUUGAAGAACAGUGAUGAAAGAGCUGGAGGAGAUGGGUGUAACAUGGGGCAAAGUGCAGACCAAAGCUCUGGACAGGGUUAAGUGGCAAUGUUGGACAUGAUGAGCGAGGGUAGAGGACAUUUGAUUAUUUUUAAUAGGGAAAAUUAAUCUCCAUACCAAAGCAUCAACCAAAGGACAGGCAUGCCUGAUUAAUAAAACAACCUGAUAGUUACUUUCCAUACAACACAGGGUAACCAAAUGUGAUACCUUGUAUCAAUAUCACACAAAACAACCCAAUAGGACAAUUAGUUGGUUAAAGCAUUCAAUCAGCAAAACAUAAAAACCAACAGCAACAGCAACAGCAUCAGCUGAUCAAUGCAAUUAAAAAGAAAAAUAUUUUCAAUUCAUCAAACCAGAGGAAAAAAAUCACUCUGUAAUCAGAGCACUUUAAAGAAGUGAAUCACUUUCAGUAAAAUUUACAAGCACUUAUUUUGAAAGUUUAAUUCAGAUGUUUCAAACAAAAACAAGGGAACAAUGAUAACAUACACAUAACAACAAGUGGAUAGAGUAACCAUUUAUACACAUCAUAGCAAGUGGUUAGAGCAACAAGGAUACAAAACAAAACAAGUGGAUAGAGUAACCACUAUGUACAACAAUACUGACCAAUAGAUACCGUCAAAAACUGUGAUGUUUAAAGCUACCCUUAUUGCUGUGUGGUCAUCUCAACCACAGGGUACCCGCAUAAGCUGAUUGAGUGACUUUAACAUGCAGACACAUCAUAACAAGUGGAUAGAGUAACCACUAUGCACAACAAUACUGAACUGUGAUGUUUAAAGCUACUCUUAUUGCUGUGUGGGUACCCACAUAAGCUGAUUGUGUCACUUUAACAUGUAUACACAUCAUAAGCUGUGGUCAUUCCACUCAUACACUUAAAGAGGUAGAAUUAGUUUUUUUUUCUAAGAUAUCACUGCUUUCUUAUCUCUUGGUGAUAACUUAAGUGCUUCAUGGCCCUGGAAGCAAUCCUACACACAGGGAUUAGAAAAUGUUAAGCAACUUUCAUAAUAAUCUCGGUUAUUACUUUUGAAUUUCAUUCAGGAUUGAAAAGAAUGCCAGUAGUUAAAUCAAAAUUGAUUUUAAAUUGCAUACGAUUACAAAAUUAAUGCCGGUCAGGAAAUUUCAAUAUGAUACAUACUCUUGCCAUGAUAAAGGACAGAUAAUGGUGAAACAUUUAUGCACUUCAAUCACCUCAUUCAAUUCCAUAUAAUUUCCAUUUAUCGUUUGGCGAUGGAAGUUGAUGAUCUGAUUCCUUGACCUGUAGUUAAAUCAAUGAUGACAUACAUCCAUUUAGAAAGGAAAAAAUGAAACGAUUAUUUGGUUGUUACUUGUUUCAUAUUUUAUUUAUGUACAUAAAACAGAUAUUAGUAACUAAUAUAUUGCAUGUUUUUUUAUCCAGCUAGCUGUGAUUCAAAAUCUUGGAAUUUUUUGGUCAACAAGAGGAUUUAACUUCUACUUAUUAUAUUGGUGAGUUUAUCAUUUAUGAAUUUGUUUUCCUAGGGUCCCAAUUUGGGGUAAUAAGUUAGGACUUUUGAGACAAUUUUUCCUUGCUUGCCCAUAGUUUUUUCUUGUUAAGUAAACUGGAAAAUUCAUCAAAACAAACAGUAUAGUAUCCUUUUUGUUAGUUACAUCCCACGUAGAAAUUAAGUCAAUUUCGUAUCUCUUUCUCAGGCAACGCUUGCGUGGCCUAGUGGAUAUGUUCUCUUUCUUUAAAUUAAACACACGUCGACCGCUUCUUCCCCGUCGCUGUUUAAUUUAGUUUGGAUGAUUUGUGGGGGUGGUUUAGCUCCUGGUUGAAUCUGUCGUUGUUGGGUGUUUUGUUUUUUUUCUUCAAGUUCUGAGAAAAACUUCGACUUUAAUUUUUUUUUGCCUUUUUUUUCUUCUUUUUAACCAGUACGAGAGUUCUGAUAUUUUACUCUCUUUUGCUGGUUAAAAAAGAGGGGAAAAAAAGGCGAAAAAAAAUUUUAAGUCGAAGUUUUUUCUUAGAAUUUGAAGAAAAAAAAGCAAAAUGGCCCGACAACGGGGGUUCAACCGGGGGCUGAACCCCCUUGAUAAGUCACUCAAACUAAAUUAAACGGCGGCAGGGGGGGAGCGGCCGCCUUGUGUUUAAUUUAAUGAAAGUGAGCUUAUCCACUAGGCCACGCAAGCGUUGCCUGAGAAUGAGAGGCGAAAUUAACCUAGAAGUAGGUACAGGCUCCAUUGUUCUCGGUGAAUCACGUUGAUUACUCAUAAUUUAUUCACAUCCCGUGCGGAAUGUCUUGUUAUUUGAAACAACAAUCUUGAAUAUUUACAACUUAAACGGCACCAAAAAGCAGUUGUUUUGUGAAAACUUAAACAGAGUAAGUUUUCUCUACUAGUUGCUUGUAUCUCUGAAUAACUUUUUGAAGAACGUGCAGUUUUAUUGAGAAUGUUCUUGUUGCGUUUAUUAGUUUCAAUUUAUUCAUGUCCCGUGCAGAAUUUUACCUAAGAAAACUUAAUAUUCAAAAACGAUUUGUGCAUCUAUUUAUUUUUAUCACGUUUUGCUGUUGUAAAACGACUGUAGAGUAACGCUUUCGUUUGUUUGUUUUUUAUCAGGCGCUAUGGUGCGAAUAGUGAUUCAAGAGAAGGACGAACAGAAAAUGUUUUGAGAGUGUCGCUAGUCAAGAAGAGUCAAGAGUUGUAA